GCAAAGCCAAGCCUUUCCGGCAAAGCGUACUUUCCAGGUCUCGACCACACAAGUUUUGUGAGGUUUGGCUUGUAUCAGGAACGACGCUGGCAUGGGUCUAAGAACGACAUCCCGAUCCCGGGCAGGGCUGCACAUCACGACAGGCGUCCCUCGACCAUUUCAAGUAUUUUCCUUCUCUUAUACCUCAUGGAUCUCUGCACUGCCCCUCUUCCACCUUUUUCGCGUCGUCCCAAUCGCAACUCUUCCUGUUCUAUUCGACCAGUCACUCCUUUAAGGUCUCUUUAAUCUCGCAUUUCGCUCAUCUAUAUACUGGGAGCUGGCUCUCAUAAAAUUCAAGCCAGGCUACGUCGAUCACCAAACGAGUUUGUUUCUAUACUACUUUUCCCCAAGUGCAUAGCUCAACUCAUCACGCUCAUUUCCGCUGCCCGACACUAUCUACUUGCAGAUACAUAGUAACCAUACCCACAUAUUCUCAUCGCGAGAUAUCGUUGUUCAAUUUCGUUUCACCGAAAACUUUACGCAUUCCCUACAUAUAUCAUAUCAGAGUUGCGCAUCCCUCGGAUCUUAUCAUAUCUGUUGAAGUUACAUACAACUCCUUAUAAUCCCCCCCCGGACCUACAUCGACCUUGCCGACACCCCGGAUCGGUGGAUCAUUAUAUAUUACUUUCUUUUCUACAAAACUAUCUAACGCUGACGACGAUCCUGAUACGAUACUUGAUCGGCUCAUAACUACUUUCAACUAAACUUGAUUUACUGUCAUGGAUUCCAGCCAGGCGCAAUCCCGCCAUUCUUUUCAACCACAAUCUUCCUUUGCUUUUAAUCAAAGUAACAAGUUCAGAGGAGAUUGUCCCCCACGGUCAUUCCCAUCAGCUUCUACCAUGAAUCCUAACGAGAUGUCUAUGAAGCAAGAACCUAUAGGUUUAGGUAUGUGGUCAACAACAACACCACCAAAUCCAACCACCAGACCUCGUCCUGCAACCAUACAUGAGACAGGGUUCUCAUACUGCAUGCCAGAGCAGGGCAACUAUUCUUUACCAGCAUGGGACUCUUCAACGAUGCCAAUGCAGCCAAUACACAAUGGACUGUCGCAAGAUUAUGCAGUUCAUCAAGAUUUCUUUCCACAGUCAUCGGCUGGCGAACGUGAACAGCAUCAGAAUCAUGCUGUUUCUGUUAAUAGCAAAGCUUUCUCCGAAUUCGACUUUACAGAUCAUUGGAACGCGAAACCUUGUGACGAUGGUAUGGAAAUGCAAGGUCUCGAUACGGACAUGCACAUGGGCCAAGCUUAUACGACGGAUGAGGCCGUACCAAUUCUCGAUCUGAGAUGUGGAUCGGGAAUGGACUCUGAUCGACCUAGUUUGGAGCGACCAUGGAGUUCCCGAAGGAUGUCUGGCUCUUCGUUCACAUUGUCAACCACCGGAGCUCUUUCUGAGAUGCCAUCAUACGAGGAUUUCUCAACUACGUUGUCAGAAACGCCUUCUUUCACUUCAGACUAUCCACCUCUGUCGAAUAGGAAUUCGUUGAUGUCAUCAACACAAUUAUCGCCAGUAGCGUCGCCUAGAAUGACCCCACAAAAUAGAUCCGAAUUGGUACGAACUCAAAGUCGAGGCAGGGCAUCUCCCUCACCACGGCCAAGUAUGCGCUCGGCACCAUAUAAUAUGGAUAGCAAUAGAAUCAAGAGGUGGUCUACGGGGUCAUAUGCUCCUGCACCGAGUAGACGCCCUUCUCCAUUUGUUUAUCAUCAGGGAAAUGAAUCAUUCCAAUCUCCUCAUCAACCUCACAUGUCAUCCCGACAUUCUUCACCAACGAUAUCUAAUCCUCACCUGCCUCUCAAUAUGGUUAAUUUGCAGACGCAACAACACCCAUUUAUGAUGGCCAACAACCUAGCUUAUCAACGGAAUAGCAUGCUUUUACCUUCUCAUUCAUACCAUGAGCCUCAUCAAUUUGACACACCACCUCCUUUGCUUUCUCACGGCCUUUUCCGCAUGCUUCAAAGUAACGCAGAUCCACAUGCAUUACAUACUCACUAUUCAGAUUUGAGUGAUCCCCCUGAUCUUUAUGCGUCCUUACAUGAAGAGCAGCUGGCACCUCCGCCAGAAGAUAUGAACCCAUCGGAUCCUGAUCUCAUUCCUCACGAGCAAGAACUACGAUUUGAUGGAGAUUUGUACACGCCAAGAUGGGUACGGGGCCAUGGAAACAAGAGAGAAGGAUGGUGUGGCAUUUGCAAACCAGGACGAUGGCUCGUACUGAAGAAUAGCGCGUUCUGGUAUGACAAAAGUUUCACACAUGGCAUUUCAGCCGCAACUGGACAGCCAUUUCAAGAGCCGCAAGAAACGCGACGCAUGGACGGAAAUCCCGAUGUAUGGGAGGGUCUGUGUGGAAGCUGUAAUGAAUGGGUGGCUCUAGUCAGUAGCAAGAAAAAGGGAACCACUUGGUUCCGACAUGCUUACAAAUGUCACACUCAUCCGAAGAUUAAAGAUGCACCGAAACGCCGACGUGAAUCUAGCCACUCUCGUGCGCUCGGUGCUUCGAAUAUGGCGAAAUCAAAAGCCCACGAUUCAAUUACUUCCAACCCGCAUCAAUCUUCACCAAUGACACCUAGUGUUACUUCAACACCUCGCUAUCAGAGGAAGUCGGCUUUAGGUAGUCCGAUAGAUGACUUGAGUCCUAUGAUAUGAUGGUUUUAUCUUCUGCUCUAUCUCCAAUAUUCUCUCUUUUUCUUUUAUCUGCGAGUUUGUGUUUACAUGAUUUGAUUUGAUUUGAUGUACAUUGUGAAAGACUUUUUAUUUUCUAUUUUUCUUCUACUUUCUUUCAGAUAACACAUACUAUACUUUUUUUAUUGAUCGCAUUUCUUUUCUUUAUCAUGACAACAGCGGAGAAAGGCAGACAAGAAUCUCAGAGGCAGGAGGCGACGAGAUUUUCAGUUACAGACCCAGUAGUAAGGCGUCGGGCGGGAUACCAUGCAUCUUUCUUCUUUCACUUAUUUCUACACGUUCAUUUUUGGAGCUCGGUUGUUGGGUCGGGAAUGGUUGGUGGGAUGGUCUAGGAAAGGUAUUGCAGAUGCAGGACAGACAAGCUAGGAAAAGGAAAAGGAAAACUUGGACUUGGGGACAAAAACGACUCUCUUUCAUAUCUAUAGUAUAAGCUUUAUUAUAAGCAAAAGACGAGUAUCUGCCGGCAGGCGUGUGUUAUGAUUUUACGAGAAGCAAAGGAAAACAGCUCAGGUUUGAAGAUGCAGAACAGUGCAGAUUGGGGGGGGGGUUAGGAAGGCAAAGGCAGGCGCAAGCAGAAGAGGGAAAAAAAUAAUUGGUUCUGGUACCGGUUUUGUCUUUGGGGAUUUCAUCGAGAGGGAAGUUUUCAUGGUGGGCGGUAUAUAACAUCAUAUUAGGUUAGGUUAGGUUAGGUAGCAUAGCGAUGGGUUUGGUAGAGUAGAGUCCUAUCAUAAGGUUUGUGCACUUGGAUGCAAAACGAGCGGGCGCUGGGAUGACAGCCAGGCGUGCAAUGGCCAAUUUAGUUUGGAGUUUGGAGAAUGAAAUGAGAAAUACACUUAUAAACUUUACAUGCUGAGUUUCGCA